GACGUCAGCUAACCGGUCCCCGCCGCCGCCGCCGCAUCCUCCGCGCCUGCCAGGAGCCGGCGUCCCCCGCGCUCCUUGCGCCCGGCCUGGCCAUGGCUUCGGUCGCCCUGAUGCCGCUCCUGUUGCUGCUGCUGCAGCCUCCGCCCGCCACCCCCGCGCCGCCUGCCCGCGACCCCUUCGCCCUGCAGCUCGGGGACACGCAGAGCUGCCAGCUGCGGUGCCGAGACCGCUACCCUAAUCCGCAGCCCGCUCAGGAGGGGUUGGAGGAGGACCCCACUGAGUCCCGGAAAGCGAAUGCGCAUAAUAGGGCCGUCCUGAUCAGUGCUUGCGAGCGAGGCUGCCGCCUCUUCUCCAUCUGCCGAUUCGUGGCCAGGAGUUCCAAGCCCAAUGCCACACAGGCUGAGUGUGAAGCAGCCUGUGUGGAGGCCUACGUGAAGGAGACAGAGCAGCAGGCCUGCAGCGAGGGCUGCUGGAGCCAGAAUCCAGAGCCGGAGCCCGAAGCUGAGCCUGAGCUGGAGCAGAAGAGAAAAGUCCUGGAAGCUCCAAGUGGGGCCCUCUCGCUCCUGGACUUGUUUUCCACCCUCUGCAAUGACCUUGUCAACUCGGCGCAGGGCUUCGUCUCCUCCACCUGGACAUACUACCUGCAGACUGACAAUGGGAAGGUGGUGGUGUUCCAGACCCAGCCUGUGGUAGAGAGCCUGGGGCACGAGGGGGCCCGUCUGCAGCGAGUGGAGGUGACCUGGCGGGGAUCCCACCCUGAGGCCUUGGAGGUGCAUGUUGACCCUGUAGGCCCCUUGGACAAGGUAAGGAAGGCCAAGAUUCGAGUCAAGACCAGCAGCAAGGCCAAGGUGGAGUCCGAUGAGCUGCAGGACAACGACUUCCUCAGUUGCAUGUCCCGGCGCUCCGGGCUUCCUCGCUGGAUCCUGGCCUGCUGCCUCUUUCUUUCCGUGCUGGUGAUGCUGUGGCUGAGCUGUUCCACCCUGGUGACCGCACCCGGCCAGCACCUCAAGUUCCAGCCCCUGUCUCUGGAGCAGCACAAGGGCUUUAUGGUAGAGCCAGACUGGCCCCUGUACCCUCCCCCGUCGCACGCCUUUGCAGACAAUCCCCCGCCCUACAAGCUGAAGCUGGACCUGACCAAGCUGUAGGCCUCCAUUGCCAAGUUCAGGAGCUCCUUGGGUCUCACUUGCCCGUUGCCUAGGAGUCCGGGUCAGGGUGGGACGGUCCUUGGGCUCCUCCUCUCCCCAAAUUCUUCUUCUCUUCCCAGUCCCGCCCCUCCCCCCUCCCCCCUCCCCCCUCCCCCCCCCCAUCCUGGGGUUGCCCUGCCCCUCCUGGGGGGCGGGAUCUGACCUUGGUUCCUCCACACCCCGCUUCCCCAGAGCGUGUUACUUUUGUCUUCUAUCGUGUAGCUUCUUGAGUAUUUCAACCCCAGUUCUGUGCUGCCUUCGUCCUUCCUCCUUUCUCCCCUCUGGGGGGCUGAGGCCACAGGGGAGCCGCUUCGUUCCAGGGCUUCCCCCUUUCUCCCCACCCCACCACCGGAGAUGUAGCCUCGUGAGAGGAGGCCCCCCACCCCCAAGAGGGGAGGUGGUGGGUAGCUCCAUGCUGGGAGUUGCAGCAUGGUGGUUGGGAGGAAUAAACCAUGAUAUAAAACCCA